AUGCCGAGCAACGGCAGCGGGGAGCUGGGCAACGCCACCGCGCCGGGAGCGGCGCCCGGCUACAACUUCGCCGCCUUGAUCUUCGGCGUCUCGCUCAUCCUCUGCGUCCUGGGCGGGAACCUGCUGGUCUGCCUGAGCGUCUGCUCCGAGCGCGCCCUCAAGACCACCACCAACUACUUCAUCGUCAGCCUGGCCGUGGCCGACCUGCUGCUGGCCCUGCUCGUCCUGCCCCUCUACGUCUACUCCGAGUUCCAGGGAGGAGUGUGGGCCUUGAGCACAGGUCUGUGUGACGCUCUGAUGACCAUGGAUGUGAUGUUGUGCACGGCCUCUAUCUUCAACCUCUGUGCUAUCAGUGUGGAUCGGUUCAUCGCCGUUUCCAUCCCGCUGAACUACAACCGGCAGCAGAUCGACCUGCGGCAGCUGAUCCUCAUCUCCACCACUUGGAUCUUUGCUUUCGCCGUGGCAUCCCCGGUCAUCUUCGGCCUCAACAACGUCCCAGAUAGGGACCCCACCUUGUGUCAGCUGGAGGACAACAACUACAUUGUCUACUCCUCCAUCUGCUCCUUCUUCAUCCCCUGUCCAGUCAUGCUGGCCCUCUACUGUGCCAUGUUCCAGGGACUCAAGCGGUGGGAGGAGGCCAGGAAGGCCAAGCUGAAGAGCAGCUUGUAUGCGGGCGGCAGGAAGCUGUGCUGCCCACCUCCCCUCAUGGAGAGGAAGCAGGCCGAGGUCAAGCUGCAGGAGCGCAGUCUGUAUGACCGCUCCGAGUGCUCUUUCCCCAGGGGGUACGUGAUGAACAGUGGCAUCCAGACUGUCUCCUACCCUCACCUCAAGUACUCCCACCCGGGACACACACAGAAACAGGCCAAGAUCAAUGGCCGUGAGAGGAAGGCUAUGAAGGUGCUGCCGGUUGUGGUCGGCGCUUUCCUCUUCUGCUGGACACCCUUCUUUGUAGUACACAUAACAAGAGCCCUGUGCAAAUCCUGCACCAUCCCCAGUCAGGUCAUCAGCAUUGUCACCUGGCUGGGCUACGUCAACAGUGCCCUUAACCCCAUCAUCUACACCAUCUUCAACACAGAGUUCAGGAAAUUCUUCCGCAAAGCUUUGCACGUCUUCUGCUAAGGUUGGCACCUGCUGGAGUCAGGGAGGAACUGAAGCACAGGGCACAGCAGGGAGUA